UCAAAUCAAAACAAAAUAAAUAUUCAUAAGUUAAUAAUGCACUAGUGCCCAACGUAUUAAGAAAACUAUGGCGAAUCGCACUGUAAAAGAAGCAAAAAAUAUUCAUGGAACAAAUCCACAAUAUCUUGUAGAGAAAAUAAUACGUUCACGUAUUUAUGAUUCGAAGUAUUGGAAGGAGCAAUGUUUUGCUCUCACAGCGGAGCUCUUGGUAGAUAAAGCAAUGGAAUUGCGCUUCAUUGGCGGUGUUUACGGUGGGAAUAUAAAACCGACCCAGUUUCUCUGCCUUACGCUUAAAAUGCUACAAAUUCAACCUGAAAAGGAUAUUGUGGUAGAAUUUAUCAAGAAUGAAGAGUUCAAAUAUGUGCGUGCACUGGGAGCCUUUUAUUUACGUCUUACAGGCAGUGCACUAGAUUGUUACAAGUACUUGGAACCUUUGUAUAACGACAAUCGUAAACUUCGCCGUCAGAAUAGAGCUGGACAAUAUGAAAUUGUACAUAUGGACGAUUUUAUUGAUGAGUUGCUUCGAAGUGAUCGAGUGUGUGAUAUAAUUCUUCCUCGUAUACAAAAACGUACAGUGCUUGAGGAAAAUAAUGAGUUGGAACCGAAAAUAUCUUCUUUGGAUGAAGAUUUGGACGAUGACGUUGUCAGCGAUGAAGAAGCUGGCGCUGAUCGAAAUGAAGAAACCAAGAAGCCUUCGUUGUUAUCUAAGAAACGAUCUCGCCGAGGUCAUUCUCGCUCCCGUUCCCGUAGUCCAAUAGGUUCAGGCUUACGCGAGCAAAGGACUGGUCGUACUCGUGAUUAUGAUACCCAGCUAGAAGACUACAGUCGGCAACGUGACCGUGAUCGUGAAAGGGAUCGUUUCGGAGUGAGUUCAUCAUCAACUAGUAAUCGUCACUGGGAGGACCGUGGCGGAUCCGGUACUAAUUAUCGAAGAGAUGAAUACAGGGAUGAUUAUAGACGGGAGGACUAUAAAGAUCGUCGAUAUGAUAACCGCGAUUCGCGAAAUGAACGGGACAGGAGACGUCAUUAGUUAAUAGGAAAACUUAAUAAACUAUAACUGAAAAAAUACUUUUAUUAAAUUUUUAUUUUAUAACAUCUA